AUGAACGCUGCUUCUAUCUUGCGACUCAGCACAAAAGGCAAGAAUAAUGUCUUAUAUCUGACUCGAAUAGCGCACUCGUCGCGGGGAGCACUUGUCGCAGAUACUUGCUAUAGGCCGCUUUUAAGUUACCGUUUUUUAUCGAACAAGAAAGAUGAGCGUACAAAAAUAGUGGAGACUCAUGAAGAAAAACAAACUGGUUUACAGCGAUCAAUUCUCGAGGAAGUUUUGAUAAAAGAGAAACAAAAGCCAACGACCUUUACUGGGAAAGUUGCUGAGAAAGCGUCCAAUACUUUUCUCUAUGCCGCCGUUGCCGCAGCAGUUGGUAUGCUAGGCGUUUUUGUUUAUCUGUUAGCAGGUGAAUUUUUCGCUGAAGAUAGUCCCCAGAAAAUUUAUAGCAGCGCCCUUGCGUUAGUGAGAGACGAUGCUCGUUGUCAGGACCUCUUCGGUCCCAAAAUAGCUGGUUUUGGAGAAGAGACUUCUCGCGGUCGUCGUCGUCACGUCGCACAU